AUGGGAGUGCAGAAGCUGCUCCCCAGCGCGGGCACCGACCAGGAGGCCCUGCGGGCAGCUAAGAGAGAGCGCUGGUGGGAGGCCUGGAAGCCAGUUGCCCUUGAGGACGUGGCUGUGAACUUCACCCAGGAAGAGUGGGAGUGUCUGGAUGCCCGUCAGAGGGUCCUCUACCAGGAUGUCAUGUCUGAGACCUUCAAAAACCUGGUGUUUGUGGAUCUGAUCACCAAGCUUGAACAAGAAGAGAAACAGUGGGGAGCAGAUCUCUGUCCCGCAAGUGGAGAAGGCCUCCCUGCAGGAGGCAAUAGGGAGGACCUUCAGGAGCACAAUCCAAGUCUGGGAGAUGAGACUGGAUGCACAGGGUCUGGCCUACCCCCUUUUCCAGCUGGGUCCCUGAACAGGACCCCAGUGCUCCCGACGUCCCGGGCCGGGCCAUCCUUUCCCUGCCACAUCUGUGGCAGGAGCUUCAGUAAGCGCUCCAACCUCCGUUACCACCAGUUUGUCCACAAUUUUAAGGGGACAAACAACUGCAGCCAGUGUGGGAAGUCAUUUCGGAACCCCAAGGCCCUCAGCUACCACAGACGUAUACAUCUUGGGGAGAGGCCCUUCUGCUGCUCACUUUGUGACAAGACCUACCGUGAUGCUUCUGGCCUGAGUCGCCACCGCCGGGUCCAUCUGGGUUACCGGCCCCAUUCAUGCCCCUUCUGUGGGAAGUGCUUCCGGGACCAGUCCGAGGUCAAACGUCACCAGAAGACACACCCAAACCAGGAGCCAGUGGCCAGGACCCAAGAACCCAUAUUUAGAAUCAAGGGCCCUGUAGUUCACAACCAGCCAUCUGUCGACAGGAAGCAGGAAUGUGCAGUCAAGAGCCAGGUGGUCAUGGCAAGAGCUCAGAACCCCGCUACCACAACCCCAGGGCCUGGGGCCAGCAUGCAGGCAGCCAGCCCUAGGGUCCACUGCCUGAGUACCAAGUCCAAGUCCCACCUUCCAAAGCCUUCAAGAUGCAAGGUCUUCUCUUGCUCUUACUGUCCCUUGACUUUUGGUAAGAAGGCCCAUCUCUCCAAGCAUCAGAAGGCCCACCUCACAGAGCAGUCCAACGGCUGCUUCUGCUGUGGCAGGUCCUUCUGCUCACUCUCUGGGCUGCUCAGGCACCAGCAGACUCACUGGAAGCAGAAGGUCUACCGUUGUCCUGUCUGCGACAUCUGCUUUGGGGAGAGGGAGGACCUUGUGGGCCACUGGGGGAGCUACAAAGGCAAGGGGCUGUGCCUGGGCAGUCCCCACAGCUCCCUCUGCUCUUGGGUGUUUCGGGCUCAUCAGACUGCUUCCCUGCCGCCCUCCGCUCGGCCCACCGGGCCUGAGGUCUUGGAGGUACCGGCCAGCGUUUACAACACAACCUCAGACCCUCCCCUGCGCCUCUGGGGAGCACCUGACUUCCAGGUGGAGACAGGAGCUGGAAAGACGCUAGUAGCAAAAGUGGAGAAAGACAGCAGCUGGGAAAAGGGGCUCCCCCUGUACCCAUGA